AUGCCAUACGGGUCUCGCGUCGCCGAUACUGAGUCAUCCCGAACAACAGCGCAUAACUCAGAACCAGAGCUGCCUAUGCCCUUGAUCGAGAAAAAUCCACCUCAGCUUGGUCCUCUUCCCGACCUGUCCGACUGCAACCUGGAAAGAUCAUCGACUUUACGAGCCUGUAUAGAGAAGCCAUCGGAUGAUUUUGAUGUUAAACACACAUCCUUAUGUCAUCUCUCAAAGACCGACACAUGCCAGCGUGAGCCUAUUCAACCAAGAAUACUGGCACAGUCAUAUACUUCUCGGCCCAAAUCCUCCGGACCUCUUCGCUACGGGUGCGAGCCCAGAGAUGGCCCUCUUUGUGCUUCAAAUCAUCAUGCUUCUGCUCCCGACAAGCCUUCGAGUGUCGAAGACGUUAAGCAAAGCACGGACCAGGAGUCACUGUCGCGGUCUACCUCUAUCACAACUAUCCAGUUGCCCCCAAGUGUGCUCGAAAAGCCGGCUCUGUCUGAAGAAGAAUGCCUCGUCUUCGCCACGGCACAACCCAUAGCAAAACCAGCUCCUCGACUGCAGCUUUCGGACCGAUACUCUAGUCUAGACAGCACUUUAAUAUAUUCAGUAGCGGCUGAAUGA